AUGGCUGAGGACGAUAACUUUGAUCUUGACAUUUACGGAGAUGGGGGCUACAAUGGCCAGGAAGGCCCCGAGUUGAUUCUGGAUGCCCCAGAGACGAACGGCCACGAAGGUGGAGAGGCCCAGUACGGUACUGAUAAUGCACAGACAGCAAACGGCCAUGAUGUCUCGCAUGAAAAUCUGGGCACUGGCCAGAAUGUCACUCAAAACCACCACCAGCAGCCCGUACAACAAGGCCAGAAGCGCAAGGAGAUAUCUUCGUCCGAAGACCGGCCAACUGACCCAAAUGCUACAACUGCUCUCUUCGUCUCGGAAUUGUUCUGGUGGACUACUGACGACGACAUUCGCGGUUGGGUAAGAGAAGCCGACGCCGAAAAUGAAUUGAAAGAUGUCACAUUCAGCGAACACAAAGUGAAUGGAAAGAGCAAAAGUCAAGCAUAUGUUGAAUUCACAACUUUACAAGCUGCCACAGCGGUUAAGCAUUUGAUCGAGCACUACGCCAAUACUGGCCAACCAGGUCGUAAACACAGCGCCAACUACACUAACCCACAUCAGAACCCAUUCCGCACACUUCCAAAGGAUGCUCCUGCCCGUAAGGAUGACCGCAAUAGCAGACAAUUCAACCAAGUUGGCAAUCAGAACAUGAACUACGGUAUGACCAACAUGGCUGGCGGUGGGGGCUUCCGUGGUGGACGUGGAGGGUUCAACCGUGGUGGUGGCAUGGGCUAUAACAAUCGCAAUUUCUCCGGAGGUAUGAACAGUGGAUUCCAAGGCGGCGGUGGUCCUAUGGGUGGAGGCUUCCAGAACAACAUGGGUGGAGCUAUGGGUAACUAUGGCGGCUUUAACAACCGCGGUGGAAACAUGAUGGGCGGUGGGAUGCGUGGGGGUCCUAACAUGCGUGGUCGUGGCGGUAUGGGCGGCGCCCCUAACAUGAUGGGCAUGGGAAUGAAUCCGAUGGGAGGAAUGGGUAUGAAUCCUGCAAUGACUGGGGGAAUGAAUCCUAUGAUGGGCAAUAUGGGCAUGGGAUUUCAAGCGGGAAAUUUCAAUCCCAAUUUCGGCGGUGGCUUCCAGGGCAACCCUCAGAUGGGUGGUGGCGAUCAGGGAUCCUGGAAUCCUCACGGUGCGAAGAGGACAAGGCAGGAAUAG